CCUUAGGAAGAUCAACUCCUUUAGCUGCAGUUCAUCUUCAGAACAGCUGGGGGCGGUAAUUUACUCAAACCAAAUUAUUGCAGCGUCCUGUCAAAAACGAGAGAAACCGUAGAAGCAGAAGCACUGGAGGUCGAAACGAACUGGUCCACGAUGUCUGCGGUGUAUCCCACUGUCCUGCUGUGUGUGUACGGCUUCUUCUCCAGCCUGCGGCCGUCGGAACCUUUCCUUACCGCUUACCUAAUGGGACCGGACAAGAACUUGACGGAGACCCAGGUUGUCAAUGAGAUCUAUCCCGUAUGGACUUAUUCCUACCUCGCCCUGUUGCUCCCGGUCUUCCUGGCUACAGACUACCUCUGCUACAAGCCGGUGUUGGUACUGCAGGCCUGCAGCCUGGUACUGACCUACAUUUUACUCUGGAAGGCCCAGGGCAUGCUGGCCAUGCAACUGUUGGAGUUUUUCUUUGGGUUGGCCACAGCGUCGGAGGUGGCCUACUACUCCUACAUCUACAGCGUGGUGGAGCCAGAGCUCUACCAGAGGGUGACCGGUUACUGCCGCAGCAUCACUCUGUUCGGCUCGGCCGCUGGGUCGCUCCUCGGUCAGCUCCUGCUGUCGUUGGCCAAAGCGGAGCUGGUGCACCUCGUUAUCAUUACGCUGGCGUCAGCCGCCGUGGCCUUCGUCGCCCCCUGGUUCCUCCCCAUGCCCAAAAGGAGUUUGUUUUUCCACAUGAGUCCAGGAGUAGUCAAGGAACCUGCAGCUGGCUGCAGUUCCAGCCCUGAUAAGGCAGAGGAUUCAGAAAGCAGAGUGCCCAUUAUAUCCAGGACAUCUGAAGCAGCAGGUGGCAACAGUGGGCUUGUGCAGGUGCUAAGAAUGCUUUUCCAUGACUUCGUGCAGUGCUACAGGUGUCGCCCCCUGCUGGCAUGGUCGGUGUGGUGGGCCCUGGCCACAUGUGGCUACUUCCAGAUCAUCAACUACGCUCAGGCACUUUGGGAGACGUUCUAUUCAUCCCAACAUCAUGAAAUCUACAACGGCUACGUGGAGACGUUGUCCACGCUGCUCGGCGCUCUGGCUGCUCUGCUUGUGGGCUGCCUCCCAGUGGACUGGACCCGCUGGGGAGAACUGCUCCUGUGGGUCCUCUCCCUCCUCAUGGCCGCCUGCGUUUUCAUCAUGACCCUGCUGAAGAACAUCUGGGUGAGCUACAGCUCCUAUGUCAUCUUCAGGACCAUCUACAUGCUUCUCAUCACCGUGGCAACGUACCAGAUAGCGGCUAGCCUCAGCAUGCAGAGAUACGCUCUGGUGUUUGGAGUCAACACGUUCGGAGCCCUGCUGCUCUGGACUCUGAUCACCGUGGUCGUGGUGGACUCAGCUGGACUCGGCCUUGAUGUUGUCACUCAGUUUUUCAUCUACAGUGGCUACUUCGCAGUCAUCUCAGUGGUCUUCCUCCUGGCCGGCCUCUACAGAGUCUUCUCCUCCAGGCGGACCAUGCAGGAAGUCAAUGGAGAGUCUAACCCUCCUCCAGAUGGUGCCGUGACACAGUGAAUGAUUCACCUUAAUGCUUUGAAAGGAGAUUGAAUCACUUUCUCGGAACAAACUGAAUGGGCGCUUUUCAUGAUGUCCUCAUAUGCUGAAGUGGGCUGGACCUGAACUUCUUGCUCCACCAAAGUAUUUAUGAUCCAAGUUUUCCUCUGAGAUGAGUAAUUUCAGGUCUAAGUGAUGCAGGCCUGAAAUUUAACCACAGAAGUCAGUGGGUUUGUUUUCAAUAGAAAUAAAAGCAACUAUAUUGGACACCCACCUAUUACUGAUUCAGUAUUUACAUAUUUUCAGUGGAAUGUAACACCAAUAUUUGGUGUUUAAACUAUUAAAAUACAGUUAAAAGUGUUUUUAGAGGAUGUUUGACACUCUGAUUUUGCACUCUAUCUUAAUUUAGAAAUGCGAGAUAUUCAGUGAUGCCUUAAUGGAAACAAGAAUGGAAAAAUAAAACCUAUAAACAAAUCAUAGUUAUUAAAAUGUGCUUAUCUCUCUUAUGACGUUAUUUAAUUUGAUAUUAUAUCUGAAAGCUUUUUAUUACAUUCCAUUUCCCUUUGUUUUCCAAAUCUUUUAUAAACUGUUCCAGAUUUCUGCCUCCUGGGGGCGCUAGUGCCUGGAACUGUUUAAAAUUUCCUGGUCACUCUGGGAGUUUUUAAAACUUCUUAA